UUGUCAAACAAUCAUCAUUAUCACACUAUCUAAUUUUUGCAAGUAAUGUUGAACAGAUAAUUACUAGAAUUUUUGCCUUCGUAACGAUUUACUGUUUUACACAUCGCAAUUAUUACUAGAUAUUGAAAAAGUGUUAAUUCGCAUUAGUAAAUGUUUAAAGCACGUUUCGCUUUACGUUUCGUAGUUGAUGAACUAAAAUCGCAGUAACUCCCUCAGCUAUGAGUCAUUUACCAUCGACAAGUAAUUCUUUAGAUUUUCGAAUCAAUUCGUUAAUCGAAAACGUGUUUAAAUUCACCAUAAAUAAGAAUCGCAACAACGCCACAUCCGACAAACAAACCCUGGUAUAUUUGGACGAGGUAGCUGCGACGACCGAAAAACCUGUCAUAGAUCUAGAAGUACUGGAGCACGCUUUAUUCGAACGCUUAUUGCUGGAAGACCCAACGCCACAUUUAUUGAAAACAGAACGCGACAGACAAGUCGAUAUUCGAGCUACUUUGAACGAAUGUAUUACGUAUUUGUUCGAAUGUUUUAAAGAUCUAAGCCAGUACAGCCGUAAUAUUCAAAACGAACCCGAAGAAUGGAAGAAUAUCAUUAACCAUGUGAUGAGACUUAUCAUUAGAAAUGCCGCGACAGCGCUCAAACAACCGGAACUGUAUUCUUCGCAGGAUAUUCACGCUCAGUUCAUCGGUGUAUUCUCCAGUAACAAUAUUUCACACGGUGAAGAAUUAAUCAAAUUCUUUAAAGAUAUAGCCGAAGAAAUGAAAGAUGAAGAAGCUGGUAGCAAUACGAUAUAUUCAUUUUUACAACCAGUUCUGAGUAUAAUUGAGAAAGAUAUUCAAGAAGGCAGUAUACUUAUUUUACCAGUCGUAUGUUUAGAUACGUUGGAAGCUUUUUCAAGGAUUCCUGAAUUUGCUAAAGCUGUAGUUAAACACAGUAUGCCACAAAAUAGAAGAGUAGGCAAGAAUUACGCCGAUAGGCUAUUGGGUGCUAUAUUCUGCAUAUCAUCUUUACCUAAAAAACCAGACAGCAGAGAUGAAUAUUUCGAUAAAAUAACCAUCCGAAGUGACGCGAUGUUGAUUUUCAAAAACCUUUGGGUAGGUUUAGAAAACCUGAGCAUACGAUUACAUCGUAUUAUGCUAUGUUUCCUCAGAUGUCCCGAAGUACGUAACGAUUUACUCGCAUGGUUUGGCGAAUGUAUCGAAAACAACACGUCGAGGAAGCAGUUAUGGGGCAACAUGAUGCAGCAAUUGUUACCAAUGGAGCAUACACACAUAUCCGAUGGUUUUGCUCUAAAUUUGUGUUCUGUAUUGAUAAGACUUUGCGAACCGUUUAUGAAAUCUGCCAAUAAUCCCAAGUUAUUAAAAAUCGAUCCCACUUAUUGCGUUGUGGAAUCUGCGGUAGAUUUCGAAUCAAAAAAGGUUCAUUUAAAAAACGUUCAUUCCGAAACAUGUCUUAUUCCUGUGGAAGAAAACGAAAAACGUUUGAUCGCCAAAGGAGAAUAUUCGUUCAUUACGGAAUGCUUCUUUAUGACUCAUAGUGCAUUGGAACUUGGAGUAAAAGCUUGCUUGGACAGGCUGAUGAAUCUGAAUCAAGAAAUUGGUCGUAUGCAAGAACUUCUACAAACUGAUAGAUUCACUGCGAAUGAAAACAUCAGGGGAAUAUUGGAGGAUAAAAUGCAAUCGCAACUAAUCAAAUACAUUUCUUUGAAAACUGCCUUAAUCGAACCUUCGUUCAUCUCAUACCUGGGAGAUUUUCACCGAGCGAGCUGUACAUGGCUAGUGCAAUUGUUAUUAGACAAUGAUCAAUCAACUGAACGCGAAACGUUCGCUCCUUUGAAAUAUAGACCGUUAAGUUUCCCCCUUCCUGAUCCACCGAAUACUUUAAAAUGCGUUCCGGAGUUCGUAUUCGAAAAUCUUUGCUCGUAUUUAGUCCUCGUACGUCGUUUUAAACCCACAGCUUUAGAAGAAAAAGGUACCGAAUUACUCGACGCGGUUCUUACUGCGUUGGUAGUUUAUAUGGGUUCGAAUAAACUUGUUCGAAACCCUCAUUUGAGAGCUCGUCUAGCAGAAUGCCUGGAAUGUCUUUUACCUACGGCUGUUGAAACCGAUAUGCCUGAAAUGUCGUACGGAAGUAGCAGUCCUUUGAACUUCUUCUAUCGAACUAAGUUAUUCAAUGAGCAUCCUUUGAGAAGAAAUAUUAUUUCGUCUUUAUUGGAGGUAUUUGUCGGUAUCGAAAUGACCGGUCAAAGUGUACAGUUUGAGCAGAAGUUCAACUAUAGAAGGCCGAUGUACAAUAUUAUGGAUUACUUGUGGACAUUACCAGAACAAAAAGAAGUUUUCAAGGAAUUAGCUAUUGAUGCUGAACAAAAUAUGGAAGCUGUAAAUCCUCCGCUGUUCUUACGUUUUAUAAACAUAUUGAUCAACGAUGCUAUAUUUUUAUUGGACGAAGCUUUAUCGAAUAUGGCUCAAUUAAGGCAAAUGCAAACAGCUUUAGAAAAUAACGAAUGGGAUCGUUUACCUAGUAAUGAAAGAGAGCAAAAUAUACAACAAUUACAGCACACUGGAAUGAUUGCCAGAUUCGACAAUAUUCUAGGAAUGAAUACCAUCAACACUUUGGAAUACCUGACCGAAGAAAUAAAAACGAUAUUUUGCCAUUCAACGAUGGUCGAUCGAGUAGCAGCCAUGUUGAAUUACUUCUUGCACCAUUUAGUAGGCCCAAAAAAGAAAACGUUGAAAGUUAACAACAAAGAUGAGUAUAAAUUCGAACCGGGUACCAUAGUACGAAAAAUAUGUUCGAUUUAUGUACAUCUCGGUAGCAGCGAUGUAUUCUGUGCAGCUGUGAGUCGCGAUGGACGUUCCUACAGUCCUCAGUUAUUCGAACAAGCUGCCAAUGUCUUAGUACGUAUCCGUGGCCUGGAAUUGGUUCAAGAUUUAAACACAUUGAGUAAACGAGUAGCAGAAUUAGCUAGUCAACAAAUGACCGAAGAAGAGAUUCUAGCCGAAGCUCCGGAUGAUUACUUAGAUCCGAUUAUGUCCACACUGAUGACCGAUCCGGUUUUAUUACCUUCUUCGCGAAAAACCGUUGACAGAUCUACCAUAGCUAGACACUUAUUGAGUGAUCAGACCGAUCCGUUCAACCGAUCACCCCUCACGAUGGAUAUGGUGCAACCAAACACCGACCUAAAACGUAAAAUAGACGAGUGGAUACAAGAAAAACGUGCUAAAACCAAAGAAACGUAAUUUCUUUGGCAAACUCGUCUUUUUUCCCCCUCCAGACUUGAGUUCUGAUUCUGAUCGCGAGUCGAUCUUACAAAUUCCACAUUUCCACCUAUAUUCUAUUAACCGGAUGCAAAAGACUGCCGCAGUUUCGGUUAUCUUUGCUCUUGUUCAGUUCAACGUUAUCGUAAAUCUUACUCUAUAAGCGUGUAUCUGUAUUUUGUACAUUGAUGAUGAUGGUGUAUCAAUGUUUCAUUUUUUCCCCCUUUGUUUUAAAUUACGUAGCAAUUUUCCUACUAUUUUUUGUUUAGUUUUUUUUUUUUUUUGGUGGUAAUUCUUCUCCCUCUAUUGAGAAUUUCCCGAUUGAGAAAGUGUAUGGAAGUAUUCUCGAGUUGUAUUGUUGUUUUGGAUUCAAUUUCUACAUCAUUUUAGUUCGUGGGAUGAUGUAAGAAGUAUUUAUGUGUGAUUUGGAUUAUUUUUAUUCGAUUGUAGCCUUUAAACGAUUUCCAAUUCUCUCCCUUACUACAUAUUUUGGCCGUUUGAGAACCAUAUAGUAUCACAAGAAACAUGAAUAGAAAUAAUGAUGGAUAAUUUCAUCAACCCUGAAAUCAUAUUGCUCGAUGGUUGUUUUUUUUUGUAAUUAAUCAAUACCUGUACGACAAUGAGAUUUUUUUUACUUGUGUUACGUAUUUCUAAGUUUUUCGGACAUUAAAUGAAAAAGACCAUAUACGUCGUGUAGAUUUGAUUAGAUUUCGAAGUUUUACUACCAUUAUCGUUAUCGUAUUUUUACAUUGAAGUUUCUUUGAGUUGUCAUUUUUAAAUACUUAGAGAAGUAAACGUUUUGAGUAAA